GGUCAGUAAACUCAGCAGGCCGGAUGCCGAGCGGCUGGUCCCGCUGCCGGACGGGCCCUGCCCCUCCUGAGGGCCUGGGAGCUCCCCUCUUCGACACGGUAGCGUCCACAGUGGCUGUGGUGACCAUUAGCCCCCCUCUGAAGCCUAACGGGGUGGUCAGUAUCUACAGGCUGUUUUCUAAUGAUACCAGAGGGACUGAUGUGGUGCUGUCAGAAGGAACUGCCACCCAGCAGACAAUACAUGGGCUAAAACCUUUUACCACAUACUCCAUUGGUGUGGAGGCCUGCACCUGUUUCAACUGUUGCAGCAAAGGACCCAUGGCCCAAAUCACCACGCAGCCGGCUCCUCCCUCAGAGCAGCCCCCCCCGCAGAUCCGCACUGUGACCUCCAGGAACGCCUCUUUCCAAUGGAGUGCCCCUCAGUCACCCAACGGCAUCGUGACCAGCUAUGAGCUCCACGUGUAUAUGGCUUGUCCCCUGAACCUACAGCCAGCAGUGAAGGCUUGCAGUCCUGGCCCAACUGAGGUGAAGUAUACAGGAAAAGGCCAGAGUGCCAACGUUUCCAACCUAGAGCCUUACACGACUUACAACUUGCGAGUUGUGUCUUACAACUCUGUUGGCAGCAGCGCCUCAGAAUGGAUUGGUUUCACUACGGACAAGGAGCCACCUCGGUACACGGCUCCAUUCUCCGUUGUCAGCAAUUUGUCUACCAUCCACAUAGACUGGAGUCGCACUUUUGUACUGAACGGCCGCCUGAAGGAGUACGCAUUAACUGAGAGCGGGCAACGCAUCUACAGCGGCUUUGACACUGAGCUCUAUUUACCAAGGACAUCUGACAAAAUGACCUGCAUCACUGAUGAAGGGAGCGCCAUGACACCGGUCAUCAAGUACAGUGCUGGAGAUGGAGUUGGUCUGAUCUUGACAACACCUGGAGAGAAGGACAAAGCAGAGUCCAAACGUGCAAAAUUCUACAACGAGUUGUGGUUUGCAGUGCUGAUGGUAGUUCUAGGUUUGAUCCUUUUGGCUAUUCUUCUCUCCUUAAUUCUUCAAAGGAAAGUCCGCAAGCAACCCUAUGCACGAGACAGACCUCCUUUAGUUCCACUCCAGAAAAGAACAUCACCAAUGAGUGUGUACUCGUCAGGUGAAACCCAUCCGUUUGAGACCAUUGCUGACACGUCUGAUUCAUCAAGCAGUGUCACUCUCAAAAGUUACACAACACACUUUGAGGGGCUGGCAGAUACGAAAAUUCCAGGAGCUGGGUCUCCCAUGAGCAACUGCAGUGUCCGUAUCGCAUCUGGGGCAAGAAGACCAAGUCAGAGCCAGCUACAUCGCACAUAUUCCCAAGCCUCUCUUCAUCGUAGUGUCAGCCAGCUGCUCGACCUCUACGACAAAAAAUCUCUUGUUGAAGAAGUGCCUUGGGAUGCCAUUAUUCGCAAUCAUCGCAAUACUGGUCGUGGCUUGUAUGUAGAUGAAGAAGAUCUUGUCAAUGUCAUCAAAGGCUUCAGCACAGUCACCAAGGAGCACACCACGUUCACCGACACCCACCUCUGA